AUGACUAAAGCUUCCGAGAAUUGUGAAGAAUUAAAUAAUGGAGACAUCAUAACUAGUCAAAAAUCAGUAGCUGAAAUCAAGUUGGAUGAAAAUAUUAUUAAAAAACCUGCAGCAACGGUUGACGAGGUUACUGAGUUACUUUCAGCAACUUCAGUCUCUGCUUCAACAGGGGUAUUUCGCCAUAAAACCUUUAAGACCUCUCCUUUACAAUUAAAAGGUAAAGAAGAAACACAAGAAGAACGGAGGAAGCGAGCUUUGGAGGAACAAAAAAAGAGGAGACGGGACCUUAAUACUCAUGCGAGAAACCUAGCACUAUUCAGACCAGCAGAAUUUUCAUCAGAAGAAGAUUCAAAGACUGAUGAUGAAUCAAUCAAUAAUGACAUCCCCAUUGAACAACUAACUAAACAUACCAAACGCAGCCUGGAUUUAGAUCAAGAUGAUGAUUUGCAACAAGAAUCAUUUACAGUUAAAAAAGCCAAACUCAAAGGAAAAUUUAGGGAAUCUCGUCGUAAAACUAAAGGAUCUAAUCCAUACAGAAAUCAAGUAAUGCAUGCCGAAUGGAUGCAUGAAAUACCAUCUGAUUUAGAGAAUAAUUGGUAUGUUGUGUUGUGCCCUAAAGGCAAGCGUUGCCUCGUAAUAUCAGCAAAAGGUAAAACGGUAAGCCGAUUGCGCAAUGGAAACAUCGUGAAUGUAUUCGAAUCGAUUUUGCCCGCAGGUGCAAAUUCUUACAAGGGAAACAAAACAACCGAUUAUUGCAUCUUGGACUGUAUCUAUGAUCAAACAGAAUUUACCUAUUAUGUGUUGGAUCUCAUGUGCUGGAAAGGACAUCCCAUUUACGAUUGUGAUACUGAAUUUAGAUUUUAUUGGCUCAAUACAAAAUUUGCGGAAGUUGAACGUCCAACUAUAAACACUUCUACUUAUACGUUUAAUCCACUCAAAGCUCAUUAUUGUGAUCAAGAAAAGAUAUCAUUCUUGAUAAAGAAUCCUCAUUCUUUUGGAUAUCGACCAGAUGGAUUAUUAUUCUUUAAUAAACACACUCAAUAUGUUCUUGGCGAUACUCCGUUAUGUGGUUGGGUUGGAAUUGAAAAAGUUGAAGAAAUGUUUGAAAACUUCAUCAAACAAAAAAAAUAG